AUGAAGUUUCAUUUAAUUUCCCCUUCAACUACUUCAUUUACUCCUAUAUGGACAUCAUAAUAAUAGAAACGUCCUUAGAUUAAAUUAAGUGAGUUGGCAAAAUUUACAUAAUUACAGCUACCAAAAUAAGAGGAUAAUCAAAAAGCAUUAGAGUACAAAUAAAGAUAAUAAAAAUUGCUGAGAUAAUCAAAAAAUAAACCACUUUUAAAUGUUUUGACUAAAUCAUAAAUGCUUUAAGGUUAUUUAUCAAUGAGACCUUAAUAAUAAUAGAAGAAAUAAAUAAAAUCUAGAUCAUCAUCUUUGAUUAGUAAAUUAAAUUCUUCAAGUCCUGUUGUUUCAAUAAAUGAAUCUCCAAAAAUUGUUAGAGAGGAAAGCUAAAUAAUGAAUUAACCAAUGUAAUAAAUUCAACUUAUUGAAGAGCAGCAAUUAAGUCCAAAAGUCAUAAAACCAUUAAAAUAAGAAGCAUAUGCUAAAGCUUUAGAUUUUAUAAGGCCAGAAACUCCUUUAAAUUUUCGAUGUUUAGUUUAAGAUAUUUCAUAUAAAAAACAUAAAAUAAAUGUUAAUGCAAUAAUAAAGGAUAUGAUUAAUAAAUUAUAAAUACUAAGAAGAUUAGAAAUUAAAUAUAUAGAUAAACGAAUUUGGUCAAAUUAACCAUUUUAGAAGCGAAAUUAAUAUAGUUUUAUAAAAGCAUGCAAGACAGGUAAUUUAAAUUUAGUGAAAGAAUUACUUGAGUAAGAUAGAUUUUUAAACUUUGGUUUUGAUUAUGUAAAUAAAAAUUAAAUAUAUUUAGAUUCAUUAGACAGGAUUGCAUUGGGCAGUUAAAAGAUCUCAUAUACAAUUGGUUAAAUAUCUGUUAAAAAUAGGAUGUGAUGUUGAUGCUUAAGAUCUAAUAGGUAGGCCAGCAUUGUAUUUUGCAAUAGAAUAAAAGGAUGCGAAAACAGUUAAAGUAAAAAUAUGAAUAAAAUUAAUGUAGUUAUUACUAGAAAAUAAUGCAAUCCCUUGGAGUACUUAAAAAAUUACUUAUUCUAAACUUUGCAAUGAUGAUCUUUAGAUAAUGUUGUUAUUGAAUAAAGCAAGAAAAGUACAUGUUAUAUAUCGAAUGGUUGAUGCAAAAAAGAGAAUAUAAAUAAAAUAGAAAGCGUUGACUGGAUUAUUUGAUGUUUGA